AUGAGUGAACAGCAGCAGCAGCAGCAGCAGCAGCAGCAGCAGCAGCAGCAGCAGCAGCAGCAGCAGCAGCAGCAGCAGCAGCAGCAGCAGCAGCAGCAGCAGCAGCAGCAGCAGCAGCAGCAGCAGCAGCAGCAGCGUGGGGAGGGUGAACAUGCGUUCGCGUCCCCCUGCCCCACACUCCCCCUGCCCCACACUCCCCCUGCCCCACACUCCCCCUGCCCCACACUCCCCCUGCCCCACACUCCCCCUGCCCCACACUUCCCCUGCCCCACACUUCCCCUGCCCCACACUCCCCCUGCCCCACACCCCCCCUGCCCCACACUCCCCCUGCCCCACACUCCCCCUGCCCCACACUCCCCCUGCCCCACACUCCCCCUGCCCCACACUCCCCCUGCCCCACACUCCCCCUGCCCCACACUCCCCCUGCCCCACACUCCCCCUGCCCCACACUCCCCCUGCCCCACACUCCCCCUGCCCCACACUCCCCCUGCCCCACACUCCCCCUGCCCCACACUCCCCCUGCCCCACACUCCCCCUGCCCCACACUCCCCCUGCCCCACACUCCCCCUGCCCCACACUCCCCCUGCCCCACACUCCCCCUGCCCCACACUCCCCCUGCCCCACACUCCCCCUGCCCCACACUCCCCCUGCCCCACACUCCCCCUGCCCCACACUCCCCCUGUCCCACACUCCCCCUGCCCCACACUCCCCCUGCCCCACACUCCCUCUGCCCCACACUCCCCCUGCCCCACUCUCCCCCUGCCCCACACUCCCCCUGCCCCACACUCCCCCUGCCCCACACCCCCCCUGCCCCACACUCCCCCUGCCCCACACCCCCCCUGCCCCACACUCCGCCUGCCCCACACUCCGACUGCUCCAUAUUUCUCUCUCUCACGCCCCGCUGUUUCUCGCAUGGUGGAUGUGUGUCGGUGCUAUGCUGUGCCCGCGUAUACGCCUACUUACUCCCUGCUCUCUACCACGCGCCACACUUGCAAGCCGAGUUGGAGCGCCUGCCUGGUCCCCAACCCCAAUCGCCUGGCGCUGAUGCACGUGGCUCAACUCAACAGCACAAGCCUUCUCUUCCUGCCAUAUUCCCUCUGCGCCCCCGACAUUCAACAGGCUGACCUGGAGCUUUUGUUCCCCGACCGCCUGCCGUUGAUGCACGUGGGGCGCUACCUGCUGCACCCCGCCAACUACCUCUGGGAGGAAAUCACCCGCGCCUUCCGAGCCUACCUCGCCCCGCACCAACACAGGGUUGGGAUCCAGAAGUACGUUCCAGCUGAGAUUGUGCUUCUGUCACUGGUGAAUGGGACUAUAGCGGUGGCUGGUAGAUGUGAUUCUAAAGCCUCCACCUCUCACCCUCUUCCGCUCCUAUCACCUCAGAUUCGUGAGUUCCAGAAGUACGUACCAGCUGAUGACGUGCUGCAGCGGAUUCGUGAGUUUCAGAAGUACGUGCCAGCUGAUGAUGUGCUGCAGAGAGUGGUGGAUUGCAUGGUGAACGUGACUAAAGUGGUGGGCCCCAUAUUGUCACACGAGGACUGGGAGAAGCUGACGAAGCAGGCACCUCCCAGCAACGCCUCCCUCCUGAGCCAAGUACUGGGAGAGCAGGAGCUGGUUCAGGGGCAAGGGCAGCCGCAAGGGGAGAAGGACGAGAAGGAAAACGGGGAGCAUGUGAAAUCAGAGGAUGGCGACAAGAAGGAAGGCGAGAAGGGAGGCGAGAAUAAAGUUCAAGAGGGGAUGCAGAUGUUGGGAAGCGGGGAUGGGGGUGGUGGAGGGGCGGAGGUGGAGAGAUUAGGUGGUGGGGAGGGGAGGAGGAAGGGGGGGAGUGUGGGGGUGUUUGUGGCGUCGCUGCGGGCAGCGUAUGGGGAGAUGCUGAGGGAGAUGAGCACAGAGGGGCGGCCAGAGGGCGGGCAGGAGAUUGCUGUUAGCAUGCUGAGCCACGAUGGAUCACAGCAGCUGAGGGUAAAGAAUCAGGCAGCGAGAGCGUUAGGGGGAGGCGGCGACGCGACGUCGCGGCAGAGGGAGGGGCAGGCGACGACGGGGCGUCGCGGCGGAGGGAUGCGCGGGCGACGCCGAAGUAGGCGCGGCGGCGAGAGGGGGGGGGAGACGGCGACGGGGGGUCGCGGCAGGGGGAGGAGGAGGCGGCGACGAGGCGUCGCGGCGGGAUGCGCAGGCGGCGCCGGAGAAGGCGCGGCGGCGGAAAAAAGGGGGGGAGGGGGGCGGCGACGGUGUGUCGCGGCGACGGGAGGCGGUGAUGCACUCGCGGCGGUGGGAUCCGUAGGCGAGGAGGGCGCAAUCACGGCGGAGGGAGGGAAGGGCGGCGACGGUGUAGGUCGUGCCAAGGAGAUGCUAGUGCCAACCUUCUUGUCACCCUACGGCCUCACAUGCGCACUCAUCCUCAACACGUACGGGCUCACAGAUGCCGAAUUCUUCAGCCAAAACAAGGGGUCUGAGUGCCGAGCGCCCAUCCCUGUAAACACAAUAGUCAACGUCACCAGCCGGGCGUUCUCGCCAUGCACUGCCAUUUACUCUGCUAACUAUGGUGACACGUGUGAUUCACUCAACGCCCUCUUCUCCACGCAGAUACAGCCGCUCAACCCCGCCCUCACCUGCUCCGAUGGGCCCAGACCUGGCCAGUGGAUGCAACCCAUAGCGUAUUGGGGACUUUGCUCCUUUGUGUAG